CACGAGAGCGCUCACUUCCGAUUGACGCUGCUAGUGCUCAACCAUUAUGAAGAGUAACAUGGAUCUCAUCUGCCACGAAGAGCCCGCUAUCACGGCGUCGAGUCUCUCGCUCGAGGCGAUCGAGGACUCGCUUGCGAUGCUCACCCGCCACCAGACCGCGUCGAUGCCCAACGCGUCGUACCUCGCGACGGUGCAGACGCACGGCAUGGUCCUCGAGUGGCGCUCGAACGUCGUGAGCUGGAUGACCAACCUCGCCGGCAUGCUCACGUUCGAGGUCAAGACGACCGCCCUCGCCCUCAACUACUUUGACCGAUACCUCUCGGUGCGCUCGGUCCAGAAGAAGGACGUCGAGCUCCUUGCGAUGGCGUGCGUCCUCGCCGCCUCCAAGUUCAACGAGCAGGACGCGCUCACGGUGACCGAGGCCGUUUCGAUCGCCGCCGACUUCAGCGCGGCCGACAUCGUCGGCGCCGAGAAGGACCUGCUCAAGGUCCUCGAGUGGAAGCUUGUCGCGGCGCUGCCGCACGACUUUCUCGAGAGCUACCUCGCGCUCCUCGACGCCGACGCGACGGUGCUGGAUCUGUGCCUCGACCUCGUCUCGCGCACGGCCGAGGACAUGAGCCUCCUCGAGUACCUCCCGUCGACCAUCGCCCUCGCCGUCGUCUCGGUCGCGUGCGACAUGCUGCACAUGCCCUUCCCGCGCGCGCGCUUUGCCCUCGACGCGUCCUUUGGCGUCGUCAAGGAGGCGGUGUAUGCGCUCGCCCACCCGGCCGCUCCGGUCGAGGUCGAGUGCGCGACGCCGACAGCGCCGAGCAAGCUCAAGCGCUCGGCAAGCCCGAGCGGCGUCGAGGACGUCUACUCGUACGACUCGCCCGUGUGCAUCAAGCGCCAGCGCCUCUACUCGGCGUAAGGCGUUUCGUGUUUGUCGCUGUCCUAAUUAUUACCACAUUAUUGUCUCUAGUCCAACCUCCUAUAAAUAUACAACCA